AUGGGCAAGAAAGACUACAAAGGAACUAUCCUUGAUGGGAGAGACUCCUUUGACAGCUGGAAGAUGGAUAUUGAAGAUAGCUUGUUGAGCGACGAUCUUAUGAGUUACGUCACCAGUGAGGCAACGCCGGAAUCGUCAGGCUUUUCAACUCCAGGAGAGAAGAGCACAGCAGACAUCAAAAAUAUCUCUCUCGCGCGAAUGAAGAUACGACAGAGCAUCGACCAGAUCCACAAGAACUCAGUUAAUCACCUCAUCGAUCCGCGAGCGAUUUACCAGUCCCUCAUAAACCGAUACGCUGCAUCAAACAAAGCGCGCCUUCGACAGCUCAUCCGCAUGAUGUACGAUGUUAGUACGCAGACUAAUAGAACUGUGCAGGAGAAGGUCGACGACCUGAAGCGUCUCCGAGCUCAGAUCAAUAACCAAGACAAAGAUAUCGUUAUCCAUGAGCAGCUGUUGAUUUGCUUCCUGCAAAUGAGCAUGGACGAUGCCUUCGACACGACAAUCGAGAUUCUGAAUGCCUCAACGGAGACCCUGACAAUGGAAAAAGUGCAGAGCGCUCUGGAAAGCAAGGAGUUGGAACUCAUUGAUGUAACAAUGGCAUUGAUAGCAAUCACGUGUCCAUCUGGAGUGGGUCGAUCCCGGUCUUCCAGUCGUGCUACGGCUUUCCAACGAAAGAAGCCGCCAUAG